UUAAUAAUUUCCUGAUUAUUUUCCAGUUUGAAACUGCUAAGCAUUUGCAGCCAUUUGUUUUUUUUUCCUCCUACAACAGCUAUGAACAGAAAUUUGCUUUGCAUAGUUAAAAAUGUGUGACAUAAUUGCAAUCGUGCGAUUGACAGAAGUAACAAAUGCACCAUCCAGUGACCUCCAAGGCCACGCACAAACCUACCGCGAGCUCCAACAUUACAUAACCUCGUGCACGGAAAUCACGCGUACGUGUAAAACCGUUAGAAAAAUGGACGAAUAUCAGAGCGGAGAGGAGACUGCCUUUAUUGUCGACGAAAUUAGUGGCAUUAUUAAAGAGUCAAUAGAGGCUGCAAUUGGUGGAAAUGCAUAUCAGCCUAGCAGAGUUAGUCAGUGGACAACAAGUGUGGUGGAACUGUGUCUGAGUCAACUCACUAAGCUGGGAAAACCCUUCAAGUAUAUUGUGACCUCUGUAAUAAUGCAAAAGAAUGGUGCUGGUUUGCACACAGCUAGUUCCUGUUACUGGGAUAAUAAUGCUGAUGGAAGCUGCACUGUGAGAUGGGAGAAUAAGACGAUGUUUUGUAUAGUCAGCGUCUUUGGGCUAGGCAUCUAAAACCUAGAAUGCUACCAGACCUCUUCCUCAAACUUGUAUAUGUGAAACACUACUAUGGUACAACAUCCUCAGCAAACUGAACUACAGUUAGUAUAUGUUCCUUUACUGUACAGUGCAGUAUCUCAGUUCAAUGUUUUGUUUUGGUGCAGUUUGAUGUGGCAUUGGUUUAAACUAUACUGCUAAAAAAAUAAAUACAAUGUACAACAUUGUUUUAUUGUUGGAAGUUUUUAAAUAAAUGCGAAAUGUCCAAUUUA